UCGUAUGAUAUCACUUAUAUGCGGAAUCUAAAAAGAAAUGAUACGGAGCUCUGGUACCCUGAGUCAGAAUAGCUCCACAAGUGAUGGAGAGCGAUCUGUUUCCAGCCAAAGCAGCAGCAGCAUUCCCUCUCUGGUAACAACGGUAGGGUCUGGAAAAAUUUCUGAACCAGAAGCUCCAGAUAAACAUGAUUCAGCGUCCUUUGUUUCUUCGUUGUUGAAAUCCAGUGUGAACAGUCACGUGACCCAAUCCACUGAUUCCAGAGAACGAAGUGGAUCACCGAAAAAGAGGGCUUUGGAAGGCUCUUCAGUCUCGGACUCUCAAAGCAUCUCAGAGAUUGAGGUGCCCUUGUUGGGCUCCUCAGGAAGCUCAGAAGUAGAGUUGCCACUGUUGUAUUCUAAACCUAGAACCUAUUCUAAACCUAGAGACAGCUUCAAGCGGUUAACUUCCAAAACUAGUUCAGAGGCAAGUGUUUCGUCAUCCGUUUCUAAAAACAGUUCCUCAUCAGGCACAUCUUUACUAACCCCCAAGAGCACCACCUCAGCAAACACGAUGCUGACUUCCAAAAGCACUUCGCAGGCAGUUGCAUCAGUGUUAGCUUCCAAGAACAGCUCCCAGACCAGCGGCUCUCUGGUUUCCAAAAGCACUUCCAUAGCAAGUGUGUCCCAGCUGGCUUCUAAGAGUCGUUCUCAGACCAGCACGUCACAGCUGCGUUCUAAAAGUACUUGGCAAUCGAGCGAGAGUUCUGGCAGAUUCUCUUGUUGCAAGUUAACCAAUGAAGAUGUGAAACAGAAGCAGCCUUCUGUCAACAGACUGUACAAAAUGGUGGCAUGGAAGCUGGUGGCCGUUGGUGACUUCAGUCCCAGCAUGAAUCAUGGCUGAAACGCAGCUAUCAAGGCUCUGAAAGCAACACUGGAUGUGUCUCUUGUCCCGCUAAUAGAACUGGCAGAUCUGCCUCAAAAUAAGAGCUCUCAAGAAAGUAUUGUUUGUGAAUUGAGAUGUAAGCCUGUGUAUUUGGGCACUGGCUGUGGAAAAAGCAAAGAAAACACAAAAGCAGUUGCAUCAAGAGAAGCCUGGAAGUUAUUUCUCAAGAAAAAGAUGGUGGUAAAAAUAUGUAAAAGGAAAUACAGAGGCAGUGAAAUCGAAGACUUAGUACUCCUCGAUGAAGAGUCAAGGCCUGUAAACUUACCUCCAGCAUUAAAACAUCCUCAAGAAUUACUGUAAUAUGUCCAAAACAUCACUGUGUACAAUAUCUGGUAUUUGAAGAGAAAAACUUGCUUACUUCUGUAUAAUAUGAAACACAGGCUUUCACAAAUUUUGUAUUGCUUUUUUCCAGUUUUGCAGAAGAUUUACAUUCUAGUUCUCUUCACACAGUGGAAGUUGUAAAUAAUUUGUGAAUGACAGUAUACAUUAAAAGGUUUAUGCAUUAACAGCAUACCAGUAUGCUGUUUUAUUUGCUGAAGAAAAUACUGUCUUCUAUUUUUAAUGACACAUUAGGUACGAUGUGUACUUCUGUAGUCUUAAUUUUUGUACUACUUUGAAUUUGGU